AUGCAGUGCCAGAGAGUGUUUGAGCUUUAUGGCAAGAAGUCAUGUUUGCCAUGCCAGGAUGGGUAUUUUCAGCCAACAGAAAAUCAAUCGAAAAGUUGUACAGGAUGUGAAAGAUGUGACGAAGCAAGAGGGAGUAGAGUCAAAGUGAAAUGCACUAAGGAAACAAAUACAGUAUGUGAAUGUCGGCCAGGAUUUGUUCCAUUUUCAAAGGAAUCUUCCAUCUGUAUAUGUGAAAAAGGAUCGGGACUUAAAGAUAAUGAGUGUUUAAAAUGCCAGGAUGGAUAUUUCAGCUCAAGCUAUGAUACAUCCUGUCAAAAAUGGAAAGACUGUAAAUCCGCAGGAAUUAAAAAAGAGGGAACCCCCACCUCUGACGUCAUCUGUAACGAGGUGUUAAAUGGCAGCCAGACCACUACAGCACCUGCUGUCAUUAAAAAGGUUUUCCCCUCGCUCUCAAUUACACAUCCUCCACACGAGGGGGUUCAAACACAGAAGACACUCUCUAACACCACCACAGCUCCUGUUCAACCCACCACUGUGAGAAAAAAAGUGCAGCCUAGCUUUCCGAGCUCAAACACUAGCAAUCACGUUGGUACGGCCAUUCUCACUUUGGGAAUUGUUGGACUGCUCGUGUUAACGGUUAUGACCUGCAAGCUACACAUCACUCCCUGCUGGAGGACUAAACAAGCACUACAGACCAAGGACUCUUUGUGUCGCAGGCCAGUUGAGGAAAGCGGCGAUGGCAGUGAGUCCUCUUUGAAACUCAAUCCAGAGCCCUGAAAUAAGGCUUUCCUUGGAUUUAAAAUCCUCAUCCUUUAUUUCAGUGAAUCCUCUUGGUUAAAGUUAUUAUAGAUCCCUUUAUUUCACCUUAUAUCAUUUGUUGCAUGUUAGACAUACAUCAAAAUCAUUUAUAUUGUAAUAUUUCUUUUUCAACCAGGACUAUGGUUAAUAUUUGACCUUGGUUAUGUUGUAAUACAUUAUAAGGUAUUUCAAGUUCAAGAAAUGUACCUCGCUUUUUUAAACUGUGAAUUCCUUUUACCGGUAUGUAAACAUUUUUUCCCCUAUUACAAAUACUUUUAUACCUCUUUAGAUUUUAUAAUUGCUACUUACAUGUGUGUUUCUGCAGGUUUUAUAAACCUACUUACAUUCUAUAUUGUUAAAUAAGUAAUAGGGCUGGGACAUCUCUGAGAAACAUUCAUUUUGAAUAAUCAAACAGUUAGAAUAUACAAUAAGGUGUUAAAAAAUAGUGGAGCAACAUUUAUCUGUUAUUUUGUAAUAGCUUCUCAGCCUCAAUGUUUUGUUAUGCGUUUUUUUUUUUCUCAGUCUGUUCCACUAGCUGCAUCUGUUCUGCACAGAACAAGAAAAAAAAAAAAUGCUUUCAGAGAUAUGUGGGGUUAGGGGAAGUACCAGGUGGAGCAAAAUGGAUUUCUAAUUUGUCCUCCCACCGAGAGAUGCUUACUAUCUUUUUUUUUUUUUUUUUUUUUCUCUCGCUUUCCUGUAUUUGGAAAGACUGAUGUUUUGAAAGUGAACACUUUCAUGUUGUUUUUUGCUUUCUGGAAAUAUUUCUCAGAUAAGGAGAGUGAGAGGAGUAUGAAACUUUGACCCCAUUACCUUUCACCAUUUCCAUUUUACUUAAAAAAAAAAAAAGAAAAAAAAAAAAGAUCUGCACCAAGUAGCUUCAUGAGCCUGGUUGAGUUUGUGAGUUUUAAAAUCUACCUGAUAGAAGCUGGAGAUCAACAGCUUCAUACUAAGAGAUAUUUUUUCCAGAAAGUGUUGAGUCUUCAGAUUGGAUAGGACAAAAAAAAAAAAAAAAUCAGUUGGAUACAUAUACAUAUGUUUAUUUUAGUUUACUUCAAAAUCAUUUUACAUUAUCCAUAUAAAGAGGCACAUAUAGCCUAUCCAAGUCAUUUCUGAGAAAUGCUUAUUUAUUGGCCUGUACAACUACAAUUAGUAUGGUAGUGAAUGUCAGUAAUCAACAUUUUACUACAAAUGAAAAGCUUUUGGAGCAAUCUAUGAGCAAUGAUUGUUUUUAUUUAUUAAAGCGGCAAGGUUGCCUUCCUAGGAUGGCUUGGCCUGAGGGGGGCGCCACAACCCUUAAACAAUUAUCUGUUAUUUACACCCUAAAUAAGUGUGCUACUGCUAAAGUACAAUUAAAUUCAAUUGGGAUGUCACUGAGCAGAAUGAUGUGUUUAAUUUAUUUGGGAAAUUGAAAAAAGAGCAUUUAAUGCUUAACCUUCUUAAACUGAAUAUGAGUCUCAUUUUUUUACUACGGUAAAUGCCCAAGCUUGGACUUAGGUCAAGACUAACAAGUCCAAAGUCCAAGUCCUAUGGUUUAAAUUUCAAGUUAUUAAGUCAUAAUGAGGUUUUCCUGAAAUGUUAGUGACACAAGGUGAAUUUCUGACUUUAAAACAGCAUUUAGUCAUUUCACAUCAAGGCAGCUAAGUAAGAGGUAUUUUGUAACACGACCAAAUCAAGUCUUGAAUACUUAAAUCUGUGACUCAGGUCUGACUUGAGUCAAGUCAUCAAGUGAAGAUAUGCAUCUCUACAGAUCUCUCAUAUCUAUUUCAUUAAGAGUUUUUUUGUUGUUUUUUUUCUCUAAGGUUAAGACUCACAUUUUAUUUUGCAAAAUGGGCUCUUAAACGAUUGUAUGGCAUAAGAAAUGACUUGCACAGGGUACCUUUCAUGCUAGAUGCACUUAUUGUAGGUCUGAACAUUUGUUAUACAGAGAAGCAGUGGAAAGUGUACCUCCACAAAACUGCUGUAAAUGUCACUUAUCCAGGAAGUUGGCGUGCCAUUUCAAAGAAGUUAAAUAUAUCUUCUACGAAACAAACCUGUUGGGUUUCUUUUAUUUUUAGCUGUAACCAAACUUAGUAAUUCCUGUAAAUAGAUAAUUCAUUUAUUCCAGUUAUUUAUAUCUUUUAGUAUUACUUUUCUCUUUUUACUACUGUAAUAUGUAUUUACUUGUUUGUACAAUAUGUCUUUUAUUUGAAUUAUAUGUAUUGCUGGAAAAAGAUGUACUGAG